AAAAAAGGCAACAAAAACUAAAAGCGUUGAAGCCAACUAUGUCUUCUUCGCAAACCAAUGCAACAACAGCAGCAACAGCAGUAAAUCAUCAUCAUCGAAAUAACAAAGCCAAUGCAAAAGUCGUACAGAGAACGACUAGCGAAAGUCUCCGGUUAUCAAUGAAUAGCAAUUGUAUUGAUGGUAAUGUGCUGGCAAAUGGAAACACAAAUUUCAGUAGUGGAUUGACUGCAAACAGUGUCGGAUCAACAACUAUUUCGAAUAAUUUACAAAAUAAUACACAGCAAACAUUUGUGCCACCUACGGCAACCCUGCUGAUGACAAAUAAUGGAAAGUUUCAAACAAAUUCCACCACAACUUCGGCCUUCGUAACUUUGCCCGACAUCAAUAUGGAUAUGAAACCGAAAACAUCAUCCUAUCAAAUCACAUCGAUUACCGUGGGCACCAGAACCAGUGCUGAUGAAGAUUCAGCGGACGAUUUAGACGAAUCUCAUACCACAGACGAAAAUAGCCGUGUCACCGACAUGGAAAACGAAACGCCUAGCUAUUCCGAAGACUCGAACAUGUAUUCGAAGGACGACGUAUUUGCGACGGCAUAUGCGCACGGUAUACCCAUUAUGCAGAACAAUAUGUCAGCUGAUCUAACGAAUUGUGUGAAUAGCAAUCAAGUUGGCAAGAAAUUGCCGGACGUUCGUGUUAAUUGUGUUACGACAGCGGUUGAUAAAAACAAAGGUGUCGAAAUUAAAGGCAGUGAACGAUUUAAGGUGGUCAAAAUCGAAAGUAUUGAACCGUUCAAACGUGGACGGUGGACGUGCAUGGACUAUUUGGAUCAAUCGGCGAAGCAAGUGCAAAUGAAUUUCGGCGGUAAUGGUAAAACGGUUGCAACAAACGAUAGCGGUGUUGUGUUGACAGAGAAUUUUAACGAUACAACGAUGACGACGAAACAAAAGAAACAGGCCAAAACGGUUCAAACGGAAAUGUUGCCGAAUCAAAACCAAAAUGCGGCCGUACAAGCGGCUCAUUUGAUUUCUGGUCAAAGUGCACCGGCCAUGGCCAAUGAAAACACAUCGCCGGGCCAGACGUUGCAACAACCGUUGCAAAAUAGUUUCGCGAAUGUGGUGAACAAUCAGAAUAUGCAGUCGGCGGCUGUGUUACAGUCGAACACUGUUCAAGAGGUUCACCAGCAGCAACAGCAACAACAGCAAUUGCAGCAGCAGCAACAACAACAGCCACAACAACAACAACAGCAGCAACAGCCACAGCAACAUCAAACACAACCCGUGGCCGCGUUUCAUCAUCCAGUCGGAACACAUAAUGUGCAACAAGGCCAAAGCCUACCGCCCCAAAUUAUGUCACAUGUUAUACCUCAAAUGCAACAGAAUCAUCAAAUUCAAGCCACACCGAACGCGGUCCAACAACAUCAAAUGGCCGUUUCGCAUGGACAAUUACCAAACUUCCAGCCCCAACAACAACAACAACCGCAACAACAACCGCAACAAUAUUCGAAUACGUCAAUGGGCGGCAGUCAAAGUGCACACAACACACAAACAAUUCCAAUGCAACAAAUCCACGAAAUUCAUCAAUACCAACAACAAUACCAGAACAAUCUCCAAAAUCAACAAGCUGCCCAGCAAUACUACAACCAAAUCGCCACAGAUAACUCAAACAAUGUGUACCAAAAGCCACAAAUGCAGCAACAACAACAGCAACCACAAUAUCAGGCGCAAAUGCAGCAAUUCUCUGGUCAAUACCAACAGCAAAUGCCAACCAAUCAGCAGCAAUUUCAAGCGCAAACGGCCAUGCCAACGCAACAACAAAUGCAAAUGCAAUCGCAGCAACAGCCACAAGUGAGCUAUCCACACGGUCAAACGUUGCCAGCAAAUGCAUUGCAGGGCAUUGUGACGACUGGAACUCAUAUGGCUGGUCUUCCCAUAGCAUCACAAAUACCCCCGACAAUGGUGAAUGUGUCGCACCAACAAGCCAUGAGCAUGGGACAUUUACCAAACAAUAUCGAACUGAACAUGAACAUGCCGUCGGGAAUGAAUCCAAUGGCUGUCAAUCAUUCAGGAUAUAUUCCGCAGCAGCAAGUUCCACAUUCACAACAAGCCCAAAUGCAUUCACAACCGACAUCAGUCGUGAGCAGCUCAAUGCAUAUUCAGCCACAAAAUCAAAAUUAUGCAAACCAAAAUCAAACGAUAGCCAGUAAUGUUGCUGCCGUGCCAUAUUCGAUAGGAAUUCAAGCAACACAUGAUGCGAAUGUCAUGCAACAGGCGACCAGUCAAAUGAACAAUGUGAAUCAAUCGAAUGUGAAUCUUCAGCCGAAUUAUGUGAACUCAGCGAUACCAACACAACCGACACAGUCCUCGGCAAUGAUUCAGCAAACGCAACCCGUUCUAGUGCAUCCAAUUCAAGCAACAGCUCAGCAAACUGUUGUGACUAAUCCGAACCGAAAUAAUGUGAUAAGCAGUGAAACAGGAAACGCUGCACAAAAUAUAAGUAACGUGAUUACAUCGUCUUCUUCGAAUAUUGCGCCAAACGUAGGCAACACGAACAACGUGAAUGCGAGUGUAACAAAUGCUAAUGUGAACAACACGAUCAAUGACCCAGACACGGUUUCUGUUGAUGGACCAACAAAAAUGCCAGUAGUCAACGCAACUGCCACCGAUGACGGGCAAUCGGUCGACGAGAGUGAAAG